GAUGAUGAUGACGACGAUGAUGAUGAUGUUGAUGAUGAUGAUGAUGAUGAUGAUGACCACGACGAUGAUGCAGUGAUGACGACGACGAUGAUGAUGACAUGAGGAUAGCAAGAUGAGAUCGUACGUCCGCUCAGCUACAGUUUUUAGCGACAUUUAGUAGAUUGAGGUUUGGAUUAUUAGAGGUGCACUUUUUCGGGAGACAAAUCCUGAUUUCCGAAUACGAAAUCCGGCGGCUUUCGCAGGUUUGGCAAAUCCAAAAGUCAAACUCUGGGUGGAUCUUUAGAUCAAAUCCAUAUCCGGAAUUUUGAGAUUCACCAUCUGAGGAGAUAUUAUCUUUUUAAAUGAAUAUUAAUUGCUUGUGUUUUUUGCUUUCAGGCUCGAGUAGUGCUAUACGCUAGCGGAAUUGAGGUCGCCUUUCUUAAAUUCAACGCUUCUGCAACAAACAACGUGAAUUGGUUUUCACAAAAUAGGCUUCUUCAAUCACAAUGGAAUGAUCUUAAAACUGCGACAAACAUAUACGAAUUUUCCAUUCCUGGAAAGCUUCGAUACUUCGAGAUCAGUGGCCCCUAUGCCGGGUGCGAAAACGACAGUGGUUGGUUUUUGAUUACGACACAUCCUUACUGCAACUGGGAGGAUAGAAUUCCUAUUCCAAGCAUUAUAUAAAGUAAGCUAAACACGUCUGUGAACUGGAACGACUACGGUACGUUAAAUUGCAAGUAUUUAUAAAAUAACUAAGAUAGUAUGCGCGCUCUGACUGGCCGAGAGGAGUGUUUGCAUGGGAGUAUGUAAACAUGGUUGUGCCGUCAAGACGUUUUGCUUUUCGCGCGCUAAUUACGCAAGCACGAAUUUGAAAAUGUUUUCGAGUAGAAAAACUCGACAAGUUUACUUUAUUUACCCAUUCCUUCGUCGGCUGAGACUUGGAAAAUCGUUACAAAGAAGGUGUGUCAAUUUUUCCUCUCUUGAGCUAACAUUUUUAAGCGAGAAAAAUUCGAAUUUUGGAAAGCAUCUUUUGGAAAACAAGAACUGAUUACGCGUGCAAGACUUCGUGGACAAGACUUUGCGACUGGUAAGAAUUUCGCUUUUAAUCAGUGCCAUACAAAGAGUUUUGCGUUUUUUUCUCGGGAAAGUUAUUUCAUAAAAGCAAUAGAAAACUUUUUUACUGUGUUUGCAUAGCCUGAUAUAAACACUCGAGGGGUUGGGAGAAUUCGCGACAGUUAUGCAAACCCUCGACUUCGUCUCGGGUUUGCAUAACUGUCUCGAAUUCUCCCAACCCCUCUCGUGUUUAUAUCGGGCUAUGCAAACACAGAAAACGUUUUCUAUUGCUUAAAUAGUGUGCGAUUUGGAUAGUCUUUUUCUCACGCUCUGAUUGGCUACUCAAUCAGUAAAUAUCCUGCACUAUUCACUGAUUCACCUCCAGUUCCUCCGAGCGAGCGACGCCGAACUCGCGUAAGUUGCAAGCAAAAUGCCUUCCCGGUUUGCUGCCGUAACAAACUAAGAAAUUUCACAACUAUUCAAGCAAGCUAUUCCCAAAAUACAUGAAGAAGGUGACGAAGUUCGGUUUGGAGGUUUUAAUAGGCAAAGCUUUGUCUUUUUGACUUUAAUUUAUCGAUAAAACCGGUGAAAAAGUUUUUUGGUUACAAAUGCAAAUUAAGCGUAAGUCUUGCGUUACUUUAUUUAGUUGACUUGUUCAUAAAUAAGCUUAAAACUAAAUUUCAUAAUCUUUUUUACAGAAUGAUUUUAAAUGCAAAAAGAAUUUUCAACUCCUUUUUAAAGAAACUUCCCCGUAAGAGCUAAAAAAACGCCUUCAAAAGUUUUCUUUGUCGCCAAGAAAAAGAGACGACCGCGGCUGUUCGGUCAUCGCGCGCAAAAAUUGUAUUGUUGGCAACAGUAAAUGAGUUAAAAAUCAUCGUUUUUGUGCUCAAUUAUCUCACUGUUUUAGUAUAUACUAAAACAAUUAUUCACCUCCGUGUCGGUGGCUAGUAGUGGAUAUUUACUUCGCCGCUUCGCGGCCUCGGUAAAUUACUACUACUAGCCACCUCCACGUCGGUGAAUAAUUGUUAUUUAGCCAGGACUAAAAGCGAAGCUCUCGAUAAUAUUUAUAUUUUGUUCAAACAAAAUUUAAAAUCGUGUAAUGCUAAACGGCGAAGGCAACGCCGGAGAACGGUGAAAAACAACAAUAGGUCUAAUUAGCAAAAACGGAACUUUGCACGUGCCGCGGACUUUUUUUGUACAUUUCUUUGCCGUUCUUUUGCACGACUGCAACGUGAAACUUCCAGAAACUUCUUAAUUACACGUUUUAUGGACUGAAAUGUCCUACGUUUUCUUGUUCACUUUUUUUUUUCACUGCCGCUCACUUUCACCUUGCAUUAGUGGCCGCUAACAUUUCUCAUUUGCCACCACCGCUACAAAAUUGUCAUGUUGUUCUUCCAACAAAAAAAUGUCUCCUUUGUUUGUAAUCUCUCGCUCUAGAUCUCUGUCGCCCCUUAUCUCGUUGAGCUUCGCUGGUCUGCCACCCACUUUCUCUUUUUCUCUGUCUUUCUCUUGCUCUAUAUUCCAAAUUUGUGGACAUGACAAUUAAUCUAAGGUUAAUACUUUAGAAGACACGGAUACAGCAACAAUUUUCGCUUUCCGUUUUCGUCUUUAUUGACUCUUUAGUUGUCUCUACUUCACAAAACGCGGGUGGCUAUGCGAUUUCUGGUCAAAAUAACCUCGAGUUACAUUUGGGUUGCCAUACCUGUUGAAUCAGUUAUUUUACAUAGGUAUGCCUGUGGUGCGGACGGACGGUCGGUAGGUGUACGGUUACGUGAUUACCAAAUUUUCUCGGAUGGGUAGUUUACCACAUUUUCUUACCCAUGGUGCUCCGCUGCGCGUCAAGGAAUUUUUCCUGUGGGGUAGCCCAGCCAAAUCAAUGCUGUGACUCAUAAUCAUAAUGCUACUAGCAGAGCUUAGGGGUGCUCCUUGGACUUGGCUGUCUGGGGUCUGAGCACAUGCACCUUGUAUGAAACCCACACAGAUCUAUAUAUAUUUUGCGCGAUAAAGGCCAAGUUCGUUGUAAGUAAAACCUGUUAUACUACAAUUUCUUUCUAUUCUUUUUCGUUUUUUAAUGUGUUUUAACUAUUCACCCUAUUAUGUAUUCAUGUUAGUAUUACGUAAAACUAACGAAUUGAGAAUCAGUUCCUUAGGUGAAUGUUAUGUAAAAUGUUCGAUUAUUGGAUUCUUACGUAUACUCCCAUUGGUAAUAUUGGGUUGUUUUUCGACUCGCAAUCCGGCGGCCCCCGGUUUGAGUCCCGCUUUAGCCACUUGGAUUUGGUCUUGGCUUUCCGAGUUCAAAAUCUUUAAGUAAAUAGCCUAAUGGGCAAUUCCUACCAGUUGCCGGUUUUAAAAUCCUGUUAUGUUCUAUCAGUGGAUAAUUUCUUUCUAACAAUCUGAGUGGAGUUUCUUUAAAAUAGCCGGAUAACAAACCUUAACCUUCUUAACCCUUUAAAAAAUAAAUCAAUUUUUAACCCAUGAUAAAAUUCCUGCAGGUAACGUUGGGAUUGCUGAUGCCAUGAUAGUGUACAUUCGCUGAACAGAAUUGAUGGGCAAAAUGUGUGUCAACAGGAGAGGAAGAAGAUAUAAACCGUUAUAAGACAACAAAGGCUAGAAAAAGCUUUUGAAAUCUUAAAACGGACUUAGCAAUGCUCUGGUCUCAGGCUCGCGUGCAACAGGAUACCAAAGACAACAGAAUUAUCGUUAAUCUAAAUCGUCCUGCUAAAAUGUUGUCUUCGUCUUUAUUUACGUUACUUUUAAAAUUUAAGAAAGAACGAAGAUUUGACGAGGUUUUAGCAAUAACCGCUGUUUCGCCCUUGCCAUGGCAAUGGGCUUCCAGGAGCCCAUAAUCUGGAGCGAGCAACUUUAACGUACUCGUGUCAAGGAGUUUUCACGGACCAUUUUAUUUUUAGCACGGUUUUGGCGCGAAUUUAGAAUAUCUUAAAAGUCCCACUAACCAGUCGGCAAAACCUACACACCUAAUUUUUGCCUUUUAAUGACGUUACGUUCUUUUUUCUGAUAUCUUAUACUUCUAAUGCGUUCAUAGACGUAGUGGAGAUUCUAUUUCCGAGGUGCAAUUACCAUAAAAUGUGUCGAAAUAUAAACUGGUCCGUAGAAACGCCGUGACAUUGGUUCUCCUCCACCCAUUUUGACGCCUGCUACGCAGGCUAGGCAUGGGAGUUACUGGUUCCGGGCUAUGGGCCUCUGGUUAACGCUUUUCUAAACGCAGUCCAUCGUCUGUCUUUAUAGUUAUUAGAGGAGACCGGUUAGGAAAUCCGGCAAACAUCAAAGUUGAAAACAAUGGUGCUGUAGUUUAUGUUGGAAGCUCCCUGACCGUGCACAAUCCUUUGUUUUCUGUUCACAAAUUAUGACUGAAUAAAUUAAUGCAAUGUUUCUAUUGGUCAAUAACUUCAAAGUGAUAGGAACGCAAUUGAACGUAGUGCACGGUCAGGUCCAAAACAGCUAACAAAAACUUAUAACAAAGGGUUUCCCAACCAUUCCUCUUUAAUUAACUAUGUCUCUAUUGUAUUAUUAAACAUACAAUUAAUUAUGCAGAAUGGAAUGGGACACCAUUUGCAACAAGAGGUAAUGCAUGCAUAACAUUGCCUCGUAACAUUGAAGGUGUUCCAGAUUAGAGUUCAUUUUUAAAGUCACCAAAAGGCACUUUUUGCUUCUUGAUUUAGUCGUAAACAGCUCCUGCUUAACAAUAUCAAAUACGCCGACAAUGUUCAAAUUGCAAGCGCUAUGUUGCACAAAAGGAGGAAGACAUCUUUUUCUGACCCUUCAUCCGUAUUAUUGGUAAUACAUUAUAGGCAACUGCCAAUCAGAGAGCCCGUAGUAUUAUUUGAUUGUCUAACUAUUAUUGUUAGACACCAACGUACACAUCACGCGAUGGUCCUUAGAAAUUGAGAAAUGUACAGAUGAAAAAAAUAAAAUAAUAAUAAUGAUAAUAAUAACAAUAAUAAUAAUAAUUCGUUACCCCUUAUGUGAGAUGCGUGUCUUAUUAUGCAUUGUAUGAUCGUAACGUGUGUACACCUGAUUGGAAAGACGUUGUCGCUCGAAAAAAAAAACAGCAACAACAACAAAAAAAAACAUGAACGAUUGGACCUGAUAGACUUAUCGGUAGAACUUUAUUAGUAUCAUUGUAAAUUUAAAGUUCUUUUCAGAAAUGUUUAAAUUAUCGAACCUUUGGCGACGAUGCAUUCCCAAAAAACGUCAAAUGUUUUCCAGUUUUCAAGGCGAUAAGCUCAAAACUUCUCCUGUGCUGAACACAUAAGAGAUGUUUAAGGUAAAGAGCGUAGCCAUUUCGCUAACGCACACUUGAAAAUCAUAAGACAGGACCUAAAAGCCUAAAAGAAACUGAAAAGACAAUGGCAUGCCUGAAACUACUCCAGGGAUAAUUGUACCCGCACGAGCCUCUCGUGACAAUGUAGACUUUUGUCAAAAGAACUUUGAAUUUGCUUUGUUAAUGAACAAAUGCCCCUAAAUCCUUGAAGCCUCAUUAUACUUUUUAGAGACAACGUUUCUUUGAAUCAGGUACAAAUAAACUUGAGCAAAUUGUCCACAGUGGAGCUAUGUUUAUCAUACACUGGAAUACAAAUCGUUUCCCGUCUAUAUACAACAAAAGACGCAGAAUUCGCCGUGAGUUUUUGGUACUUUUAAACUCUGGAAACCCUGAAACUAAAUGAUAGUUUUCUGCUAUUAUUUCUCUCGAAUAUAAGUUAACCACCUGGCUAGGUUUUUCAAAGCAGGAUAUCGAUUACGUGCAGUAUAACGAUUGCGUGCGUUUCGUUGUUUGCGCGCUCUAAAAUAACAACUCAAAAUUGAUAAGGAACAUGUUUUAAAUAAAAGAAACAUGAACCCUCGCGAUUUUGAUAGUAGGCUUUUUAAUGCUUCCAGCGAUAAAAACCGCUCGUGAUACAUUUUUUUUUUUUAAAGUAUUUUGUUGUUGUUGUUGUUGUUUUUGCAAGAGAAAGAUAAAGCUGUAUGUCACUAAACAGCAGGUUCCUAGUAUCUCACACUACAGCAUCCCUAUAAAUGUAUAUUAGCUAUGCUUUAUACUUGGAUGUUUAUUAGAACGCUUUAACAACAUUGUAAACUGACAAACAAAUUAAUAAUUAAAAAUAAUGCUCGCAUCUUGCGGCGCGGGCUUAAAGAAGGAUACAUAAGUUAAUUAACGUUUGUUAUUAUCUUACUCAGUGAUUCCUUUAUUUAAUCGAGUCGACACAGAGGUUGGCAAAGCCUUGGAUAACCAAAGGCUUACUCACUCAUUCUUUGUCCCCCUCGUCUUUUAAACAUGGUCUGCACUCUUAUCUGUCAGUGGAUAAUUCUUGCGUAUGUUGGUAUAACCUAUUUUGUAAAUGGAGGUAAGAAUGAAAAAGCUGAAAUGCGUGCUAGUUUAACAUAAUGUAGCCUGAUUCUGUCUGCAGCUAGGUGUGAUAUUUCGUAUCACGUAUAUAUUUGUCGUUUUUUUCUACAUCGAACCGAGAACCAUGCAAAUACGGCUGGACUUCCGUCGUUGUUAACCAUGUUAUUUGUUUGUUUGUUGUUGUUUUAUUUUUUGUCUUUCUUUUUUGUUUGUUAUAGUUAGGAUAGAUUAGAUCAAAUUCCAUACUUUUAUUGCUGGUUUUCAGUGUCAAGCCAUUCAAAAUAGAUCAAAAUAAAAAUCAAAACCAUUAGACAGAUAUAGUCCAGAAUCUGGGAAAUGAAAGGAGGUAAAUAAACAAAGACCCUCGCCAAGAUUUGGGUCGAAGGAAUAAUUCGUAUACGAGACAUCCGAGGAAAUGUUUUACCCAAAUUUAUAGAGCUUUGUAUGGAGAAGCCAUGCUGGAGCUCAUCCGGAUGAGCUCCAACAUGGCGGACGAAAACCAACAAAAACAUCUGUUACCGCGUUUUGCUACAAAAGCGUGAAUUUACUCCUAGAGCAACUCAUAAACAUUAAAGUAAUACUUUUCUAAUACUUGAACUGAUUAGAUAGAAAAAUUCCUCGAAAAAAGUCACUUUUCUAUCCUAAAUGACGGCUCUCUCGGCCGUCAUGUAAAUGCUGCGUCACGCAAAAGCUUAGAAAUUCAAGCGUACUCUAUUACAAAACCAAGAACCCUCUUGAAGCGAGAAUUUGUUUGAAAAUUAGUUUUCAGCUGCUCUAGUACACCAUGGAAAUAAAUCUCAGUAGGAUCGAUAGUUUUGUGGUUUGAAUUUUAGUGACGUCAGGUGAAAACCAACAAUAGUUAUUUUCAUUCAAUAAAUGCUGAAAAAAUACAUGGUUAAAAACAUAGCGUUUGUGCUUUGCCCUAUACAAGUCCUAUUCAGCCGCUAAAAGAGAUUUUUCCCCGCUGACUUGUUCAUUUGCGUUUUUUUGUCUCUUUUCCUAAGAAUUAAGUACCCAAAAAUCGACGGCAAUAAUGAAAAAGUGUCUAGCAUUUUUUGAAUUUAGGUUCUAGCCACUCAAAAGCAAAAGCGGUGAAGAUCUUUCGCAAAUAACAGAGCCUGAAUCGUCGAAAAGCCUGCCUUCAAGACUGACAUUCAGCUGGAAAAAAAAAACACGUCGGGAAAUAUCAAAUUUGUAUAAAGUGUUCUCCGUUUUUAACGUUUGUCCAUCCUUUACAAAACAAGUUAAUUAUCGAGUACGGCUCAACAGUGAAAAAUUAUGCACUUUUGUUAUCGCCGAACAAUCCGACUGAUGCAUGAAAAUUUCAAGAAGACAAAAAUUUGUUACUCACAAAAACAACUGCUGCCGAUCUUCUCAACUAGAAGCCGUAACGACUAGCCAAUUAUUUUGUUUGCAAAUGAAUAUAAAGUAGGAUGAUUAAUAUUAAUUAUUUCGAUAUCAGACAAAACAAAAACUUUAUUUGAUUUGCGAGUUUUAAGACAAGAAAAUUACCCCCAUCUAGGAAUAUUUCGAAAUUCCCUUUCUAAAAUGUAAAACGAUGAUAAUUUUCGGAAUUUCUUUUUUAGAUCAAAGUGGUAACUUUUUACUAUCAUCUUAUUUUUUUUAUAGGUGGGGGAGAGGGGAGGGGCUGAGCGUUUUUUCCUGUUUUUUUGGGGGGGGGAGGGAGGGAGGGAGGGGAAAGUAUUGUCCACUCAGGGCCAGUUAAAAAUAUAAUAACCAUGUUUUCUUGUCAAUGGGUUCAUUUUUUUUUUCCAUAUCUGGUGCAAUUGAUGGUAACCAUAUACCAUUUUCCUUGUAUAGUAUAUGAAAUGACCACCCCCCUCCCAUCAAAACUCAAAGGAUUGUCCCAGGGAGACAGGUCAGCAACGUCUUCAGGGUAGAGGGUCUAUACGUUUUCCUCAUAUAUUUCGAGACAAUGAUUUCAGCACUACGUCCGGAUAAAUUCACAAAAAAGGAAACUUAAGUAAACUGGUGGACUUAGCCCAAUACAAGUUUGAUAAUUUACAAAAAAGCCAAUAUAUGUUACUAUGUUUUUUUCUAGAUGGAAGUUGUCGGGCUGUUCGCUAUCAAGAGCGAAUAGAAAACAAGGUUUUAACCAAUUACGUCUUCAAAAGCUACCGGGGAAUUAACGAGGAGAUGUGCGAGGUAAAUUGCUUUUUAGAACUGGGGUGCGUGUCCUAUAAUCACGGUACAAUGGACGAUGGACUGUUUCUGUGUGAGCUGAAUGACAGAGAGCACAUGGAAGUGCCUUCGAGUGAACUGGUGACAAAAGACGGGUUUAUAUAUCAUGCAAUAUCAAUAGUAAGUGGCAAAUUAAGCUUGUGUUAUUCAUUAAUGAGGAACCUGCUUCCUUGAAAUUAACUUAGACUCUCUUUAUUUUGAAUCAUAAACUCAAAAGCGUUGAUGACACUGAUACCGCUUGCAAAUUAUUAUUAUUUUUUAUCUUAUCUUUUCUUUUUCUUUUUUUUUUUUCUUUUUCAGAACUUUUGUACCAGUAAUCCUUGCUCAAGCAACUCAACUUGUCAAACAGGAUUUGGCAAGCAAGGGUUUCGCUGUUUGUGUCCACGCGGUUAUCUUGGCGACAAUUGUGAAUUGGGUAAAUGAGUAUAAAACAAAUAAAUCGAUUAAUAGAGGAAGAGAGGAAUAGUUAAAUAAGUGAAUGAAUGAACGAAUUGAAGAACAAAGAGAUAUCGAGACAGAACGAUUUAUUCUGCACAUGUCUACUGAUAAACUGAAAAUACUGACCUUUUCGAACUCAACUAUAGAAGUAAUAUAUAUUUUUUCCUUUGUUUAAAAAUGUUGAUGAAUGCAGCUCGUCUAAACAUAAUAACUGUUCAUCUAAUGCUGACUGUUCUAAUUUAUCUGGCUCUUUUAAAUGCCAUUGCAAAUCUGGAUACACAGGAGAUGGCGUGGAUUGUGCUGGUAGGAUUCUUGAAUCUUAGUUAAGAGUUCCCCUUGAGUCGUUUCAUAUAAUCACCUUCUUACAUUUAACUCUGAUACCAUUUCACAGAAUUAGCUGACUGCAAGGAUGUUUUAAAAGUGACUGGGAUAUACCACAUUACGAAUCACGGACCGGAGUCAUUUCCCGUUUAUUGCGAUCAGUCUGAUGAUGGAGGAGGUAAUAGACUGUAGCUUAAUUGUUCAGUGUAUAAUUGUAAAAGAACAUAAUACGGAGGGCCCAAACCACCCAACAGAGGGUUCUUCAAAGAGUGGAAAGUUUGGUUAAUUUGCAAUAACAUUUUGCCUCAAACAAAAACUUAAAAUUACGUGGUCAACAUCCGAGAUCUAUCGGGUUAGUUUGGUCAAGAAAGUAAAAGAAAAAGUAAAUGAUACACAAAUAUAGCCUGAAUGAUUCCUUUUAAGGGUGGUUUGGCGUCACCGUGGACGAAAAUGUUGAAUAGGUAGAUCUUACUAAGCUUAACAUCAGACUCUCCUUUAAUGUACCGAAACAAUACAAAACUUGAAGCUACUGGGAACUAAAAAAAAUAAUAUUAAUAAUAAUAAUAAAAAAAAAUCUGGCUGCAUAUUCUUGUUUCUUAGAAUUCCACAAUUUAUAUCUGACAUAAUACACACUCUUUUCCG